AUGAGGUCAACACACUGCCACCAUGCCAAGUCCCCUGUGAGAGACCUAGCCCUGGCCCUAGCCCUGGCCCUGGCCCUGGCCCUGGCCCAGUAGAGACUACUUUAUCAGAUUACCAGCUCACUGAAUCAAUCAUGGAUGUCUGAGCUGCUGCAGAGAUUCAAAUGUAGAAUUUCAUCUUGAGUUGUUUUUUUUUGUUUUUUUGGACGUUUGAAAUGGAAAAACCCCAACUGAUUCUCAGUAGCAGGUAAGAUUUUUUUUUUUGUUUGUUUAUUUAUUUCACCUUUAUUUAACCAGGUAAACCAGUUGAGAACAAGUUCUCAUUUACAACUGCGACCUGGCCAAGAUAAAGCAAAGCAGUGCGAUAAAAACAACAACACAGAGUUACAUAUGGGGUAAAACAAAACAAAGUCAAAAAUACAACAGAAAUACAUAUAUAUACAGUGUGUGCAAAUGUAGCAAGUUAUGGAGGUAAGGCAAUAAAUAGGCUAUAGUGCAAAAUAAUUACAAUUAGUAUUAACACUGGAAUGAUAGAUGUGCAAGAGAUGAUGUGCAAAUAGAAAUACUGGGGUACAAAUGAGCAAAAUAAAUAACAAUAUAGGGAUGAGGUAGUUGGGCGGGCUAAUUUCAGAUGGGCUGUGUACAGGUGCAGUGAUCGGUAAGGUGCUCUGACAACUGAUGCUUAAAGUUAGUGAGGGAGAUAAGUGUCUCCAGCUUCAGAGAUUUUUGCAAUUUGUUCCAGUCAUUGGCAGCAGAGAACUGGAAGGAAUGGCGGCCAAAGGAGGUGUUGGCUUUGGGGAUGACCAGUGAGAUAUACCUGCUGGAGCGCAGACUACGGGUGGGUGUUGCUAUGGUGACCAAUGAGCUAAGAUAAGGCGGGGAUUUGCCUAGCAGUGAUUUAUAGAUGGCCUGGAGCCAGUGGGUUUGGCGACGAAUAUGUAGUGAGGACCAGCCAACAAGAGCGUACAGGUCACAGUGGUGGGUAGUAUAUUGGGCUUUGGAGACAAAACGGAUGGCACUGUGAUAGACUACAUCCAAUUUGCUGAGUAGAGUGUUGGAGGCUAUUUUGUAAAUGACAUCGCCGAAGUCAAGGAUCGGUAGGAUAGUCAGUUUUACGAGGGCAUGUUUGGCAGCAUGAGUGAAGGAGGCUUUGUUGCGAAAUAGGAAACAGAUUCUAGAUUUAACUUUGGAUUGGAGAUUCUUAAUGUGAGUCUGGAAGGAGAGUUUACAGUCUAACCAGACACCUAGAUAUUUGUAGUUGUCCACAUACUCUAGGUCAGACCCGUCGAGAGUAGUGAUUCUAGUCGGGUGGGCGGGUGCAAGCAGCGUUCGGUUGAAGAGCAUGCAUUUAGUUUUACUAGUGUUUAAGAGCAGUUGGAGGCUACUGAAGGAGUGUUGUAUGGCAUUGAAGCUCGUUUGGAGGUUUGUUAACACAGUGUCCAAUGAAGGGCCAGAUGUAUACAAAAUGGUGUCGUCUGCGUAGAGGUGGAUCUGAGAGUCACCAGCAGCAAGAGCGACGUCAUUGAUAUACACAGAGAAAAGAGUCAGCCCAAGAAUUGAACCCUGUGGCACCCCCAUAGAGACUGCCAUAGGUCCAGACAACAGGCCCUCCGAUUUGACACAUUGAACUCUAUCUGAGAAGUAGUUGGUGAACCAGGCGAGGCAGUCAUUUGAGAAACCAAGGCUAUUUAGUCUGCCAAUAAGAAUGCGGUGGUUGACAGAGUCGAAAGCCUUGGCCAGGUCAAUGAAAACGGCUGCACAGUACUGUCUAUUAUCGAUCGCGGUUCUAAUAUCGUUUAGGACCUUGAGCGUGGCUGAAGUGCACCCAUGACCAGCUCGGAAACCGGAUUGCAUAGCGGAGAAGGUACGGUGGGAUUCGAAAUGGUCGGUGAAAUGGUCGGUGAUCUGUUUAGGUGGCUACUUCUUUUGUUAUUUUUAAAAUGGCAAGUUACUAUUAUAAAUUCUCCUCUCCCUAUGAACAAAAGAUGUGGUGGAUAUGGCGAUGGUUUGAAAGUGGCACCUACAAUUCUUGAAUUUUUUAUUUUGUAACUUUUCACAGGAGCUGAACAAAGAAAUGAUCCAAUAUAGAUAAACAAAAACCCUGAAGAAGACCACAUUCUUUACCUGUCACCUAUAUAAUUGUAUUGCUCUAUUAGUGGAAAUUCCAACUAGGCUCCUGAUCAUCUCUUCUCCCCUAUGUGAACCAGGUACUGUAUGUGGAAUAUGCUCCAGGCAUACAGCAUUCUGUUGUUUGCAUUGGAGGCUGUAACUACCUGCUUUACAUGUGUAGUCAUUGAGCAUGGGGGAAUUCCUUAUUGUUGAAAGACUAAUGUAAUUUCUGGUUAAGCAGUAAUUAUUUACUCUGGUUCAUUUCCCACAGUUUAGUUUUGUCAUGCUUUAAAAAUAUAUAAUUUUUACUGUUCUCAAAGAUCUCAAAGUGUUGGAUAACACAGAAAAUGGUGUUAGAUAAAACAAAUAAAAACAUGGUAUCUUCUGUUAGAAUGUAGGUACUGUCCAGCCCCUUAUUCCUCCCUUUUUUAUUUUCUUGUGAUGAGUCAUGUUUUGUGUAUAAACUACAGGUAUGUGCAGACAGAGGAGUAUAAAGCCAGCGAACACUCCCACCACCUCAGAACUACUCAACCUACUGUAGGUGUACUAUGUGGCUAUGCAUUACAUUACAGAGGAUACUAAGAGCAAACUGUAUACGAUGGUCAGCAGAAGCCUUGGUAAGGAUGGUCUCUUUAUUGAUAAAUUAUGACAACUGUGUUGUAAUUGUAAUAGGAGAAAAAUUCUACCUGUAGUAUAUUUUAAUAGAUAUAGACCUACCACUUAUAUUAUAACGGUCUUAUGUCAAGUUCAUCUUUAUAUCUACAAACAUUAAAAUAUUUUUCCUUCAAUUAAUCAUACACAUUUACGUCAAGGGGUUCUGGAAGGCACAGAUGACAGCAACGCCAUUAAUUCACAGCACUGACAUCCUGUACAUGGCCAGUUACCCAUGGCUGUGGCAGAUCCUCGAGGAAGACCAAUCUGUAAUUUAUGAUAAACAAUUGAAUGAGAUUUUCUGGCAACCAGCCAUAUAAUCUGUUUUAUUUAUUUGUAUUGUUAUUAUGGCUUGACUAGGAAUUAGAUUUACUACUAACAAGAAAUCUGCUAUGCAGAGGCUUCUCUGGUCCAGGGUGAGAGGGGGCUAAAUUAUUAUUAAUAUGAAUGAAAGUUUAGGACAGGUUAAUGGGGAGAUACAAUUUAAUGUAAGACAAAUCAGAUAACUUGUUGAGGGCACUGUAAACAGGUAUGUGAUGUAAACAAGCCUCUUCCUUAACCAGGUCACUCUCCUGUAUUUAUCUAUCAACAUACUGUAACUGCCUUUCUUGCUGGCAGUGUUAACGCAAAACCAAAAGAAUAAUAACACUAAUAUAAUCUCAUAUCCUCUUUUGCAAGUAACAUUCAGUAUUUGUAUUGAUCCCUAAAUGAGAAUUGCUGUCAUUUAAGAUUCUUUGACAACAUACUUUCCUAUACUGAUGCAAUCUACUUUGUUGGCUUGCAUAGAAUCAAUUUCAGUAAAGCAGUAAAGCAGUUUAAUUCUCAGUCACCUUCAUAUAUUCAUUUCUAUGUUGUUUUGAUCGUUUUCAUCUUUAUGUCUGUCAACAACAGCUAUCUUUUUCAUCGCUGACUGAGGUACUGUAGCAUUCCAUUGAUUAACCCUACUUCCCCUUUUUAAAUCUCCUUUAGAGUCUGAGCCAGCACACGUUUGUGGACCCCGCUGCCUGGGCCCCUUGACCUUCCAUAGGGAGGCGGUGGGGGCGUUGGUGAGCCUGAGCCAGGGGGCCAGACGGGCAGACAGGACUGGGGGUACCUUCAGACAUGGCCUGGUGUUCAGCAGCCGCCCGGUACGGGUCCAGGAGAGGGUGCGUCUGCGAGUGGAGCGGUGUGAGCUGAACUGGCAUGGAGCCAUGCGUAUGGGCUUCACCACUGUACCUCCAAUUGCCGGAGCCUUGCCCUCCCUGGCCAUCCCAGACCUCACAGACAUCCCUGGUCACUGGGUCGCUCCUGUGCCUGAGACGUGCUGCCUGGCAAGCUCAGAGCUGGAGUUCUGGGUCUCCUGUGGCGGUACAGUGUAUUUCAGGAAUGCCAACGGCCGACAACACAAACUGCUGGAGGGAGUAGACCUCAGCCGGCCCCUGUGGGCCAUAAUUGAUGUGUAUGGGCAGACCUGCUCUGUGCUCUUACUGGGUAAGUUCAGAAAUCAAUGGAACAUGUAUGAAUGAACAGUGCAGUCUGUCUGUCCUUCUCAUUUUACUCUGUCACACAGAGUGAUUCUUGGUAGUCCUAAACAAAUCUACUUUGAAACAAAAGUAUACACCUCACACACAUGGUUAUGGGCUUAAAAAAAGAAGACACCUGUACCAUGUCAGAUAUAGAGUUGAAAUGUACAAUUUUGAGUUUGCAUCCCAAUAUUAUGCUUUAUAUACAUCACAGAAGACAAAACUGUUUGGCAUAGAAACAUCAGAUUUUCAUCAGGUAAAAAAAAUAAAUCUUUAUUAAUUAUGAAAUUAUGAAAAAUAUUAAUAACAUUCCACCCAUGAGGCAAAGAGGGCGCUUUUGGUCAUUGAAUGCAGGAAAGGGCUACUGAUGUCCAACUGUCAGUGACUAACUACACAUCUGGUUAUCUCUUGUAGGUUCGGAGAAGAAAUACUUUUUGUGGAAUCGAAAAUCCUGUCCUGCUCCUCAACUGCAUUCCUCCUGUUCUGCUCAUCAGAGACAUACCUCGCUCAAUGUAGAAAGCUAUGUGAAUGUGAAGCAAAUUUGUGAUGACAGCCAUGACAGAUGUCUUCUUCCCUGUCCAGCCAAUAAGCAGACAUCAGGUAAGCGUCACAAUGAUACAACAAACUCCUGCUAUCUUGUUUUUAAUUCUUUUUAAUAUAAAAUAUCCUUCAUUUGAAUGUAUUUACUUGAUAUCUCAUCUAGCUAUUCUUAAAAUAAAAACAUUCAAUACUAUUUCUGCUUGGCAAACAAAAAAUGUUCCCAAGGCUAACAUUUUACACACUUGUACUAUUGUGUAGCGAAACAUUUAUAGAAACAUCUAAGCCACACUAGUUCAAGGACAUACUGUGGGUACAGUACAUGUUAGCCUCACAUAGGAGUGACCAACCUUAUGGACACCACACCACUAACCACCCUAACUUCAAAGCCAUGCCGAGCCGGGUCCCACUUGACCUCACAGUUCAUGUAACUGAGCAUAUCUGUCCUGAUUGCAGACAGUGAGAGUGUGGAGGACUGCAUGGUGUGUAUGAGCCAGGAGGCCUGUAUCACCCUGCAGUGUGGCCACCAGUGCCUGUGUCUCCAGUGUGCCACCAGAGUGAUCCAAGAGUUUGGAACCUGCCCUCUGUGUCGCCAGAACAUCAAGAGCUUCCUGCAAACUAAACGCCCCAGGCACAGACCAUCACAUGACAAACUGAUAUGA